AUGGAAUAAUGUCUGCCCUGUAGGAUAUUGAGCAAAUCAAACACACCUUUUCACCUGCAUGCUUUUCUAGUUAUCGUCAUGAAAUCUUUUUAUAGAUCUUCAUACCCGUCUUCCUGUUUAGUCGUUGGAACCACAUAGAAGGAUUGUAACACAUCCUUGUUUCAGUUUUAUAAACAAUGUUACUACAUCUGGAUGAAUUUGUUGACCUGAAGAUGUUGGGACAACAAUAGAUAGCAUGAUCAUUGAUGUUACAGUUGGGACCUUUUUACCAUGACAUAGAUAUAAGGAUUGAAAUAUACUACAAACAUUCACCAAGGUAACAGAUUGAUGCGAAAAUGAGGGCAAGAGCAAAGCAAACGAUAUCAAGUAUUUUCUUCAUUGUGGUGUUGGUUGUUGUUUUCUACACAUUUUACUUUGAUAAACCAACAUUUCUAAAGUCAGAUAGUUCUAACAGACAAUCACAAAUUUCAUCUGAAACUGGAUCGUUAACUGCUGAAAACACUGUUGGAAAAGUAAUCACACGAAACGAAAAAGGAUGGACAAUUGACCAAAAAAUAUGUCAUCAAAACUACGAUUUUGUACUUGCACAUUUAAAGGACCCUCCUCACACACCUAUUUUCGUAUAUACUACUGAGGAAGAUAAAUGGGUGUCUGGAAGUAUAAUAGCCCAUGGUGCUUGGGAAGGUGGCCAUGUUGGUACAAUUCAUAAUUACAUGAAAAAGUUUCCACACGCAGUGUUCCUUGAUAUUGGUGCUAAUAUUGGAAUGUUUUCAAUCUCUAUUGCUGCUCAUGGAUAUAGAGUUAUUUCAAUUGAUUGCCUCAAGGGAAAUGUCAUGCGCCUUUGUGCUUCAAUGAAGGCCGCUAAAUUGACAGACAAAAUGACUGUAGUGUAUAAUGCCUUAUCUCAUACACAUGAAAAAGUUUCAUUGGGCAAGUACCAUGGCAACGUAGGAGGAACGUAUGUUAAGCAGGGGACACAUAAUCAUCAGAAAGGAACGGAAUCAGUUAAUUCAAUUUUUCUUGAUGAUCUCUUAGAAAUUUAUAGUUUUGAUCAAGUUGUCAUAAAAAUGGAUGUAGAAACUUUUGAAGCUAAUGUUUUGAAGGGAGGCUACAAAUUUUUUGAACAAGUAAAAGUGGAAGCAUUAUUAAUGGAAUUUGUUGCACAUAGAGAAAAAGAGAGUGGUAAAUUCAUUGCUGAUUUCUUGAUAUCUCAUGGCUUGGAACCAAAUGUUGCAGAUAACGUUAAAAACGAUUAUACAAAAUGGGGCAAUGAAGUUUUAUUUUUACGUAAAAGUAAAGUUGCUGCUACUGUAACAACAACUCUACCAACAGUUGUUGUUGAAAAUAAAAAUAAGAUUACAAUCACUUUAAAAAAUGAAGCUUUAGGAAAAAUCAUUUCAUACUCAGGAAAUAAAUGGACGUCAGAUGAAAAUUUCUGUCCUACUGAUACAAGUAAAUUUGUUUCCACCAAAUUAGGACACCCAUAUAAUGUACCCAUGUUUGUUUAUACUAUGAAGGAAGAUCAGUGGGUUUCUGGGAGAAUAAUUCAAGGUGGAAUUUGGGAAGAGGAUCUUGUCAAUAAAGUUAUAGCACAAAUGGAUAACUUUCCCAAUGCUGUCUUCAUAGAUAUAGGAUCCAACAUAGGAGUAUUUUCAUUGGCUGUAGCAAGUAAAAGGAGAACUGUUAUCAGCAUAGAUUGUUUAAAAGGAAAUGUUGAAAGGCUUUGUAAUUCAAUUAAAUCUGCAGGUUUUGAUAAGCGUAUGACUAUUGUUUAUAAUGCUCUUUCAAAUGAAAGGAAGAAUUUUUCUCUAGGAACUUACGAAGGCAAUGUCGGAGGAACAUAUAUAAAGGAACCAGCCAGUGGAGACAGCCUUAUUAGCAGCAUUUUACUUGAUGACCUAGUACCACUUUUUGAAUUAAAAGAAGUAGUAGUGAAGAUGGACGUUGAAACACAUGAAGCUAAUGUUCUACAUGGUGCUAAAAAGUUUUUUGACUCUGUAAAAGUUCAUUAUUUCUUAUUAGAAUUCGUUUCUCAUAAAGGAAAACCUAGUGGGAGUUUUAUCAGUAAUUUUUUUGACUCCUAUGGAAUGGAACCAAUACUACCAUCCACGUCACAGUUAGCAGACACAUCCACAUGGCCAAAUGAAGUGGCAUGGAGGAGGAAAAAAGGAGGUAAUACAAAGAAUGAGGAAAAAUUAACAGUCAGAGACACAGAAAAACGAAACAUUCCAGAAACUCAAAAUAAAUUUUCACAUUCCAAAAAAAUUACAUCUGACCAAGAAACAUUAGGGAAAGUAAUAUCACGAUCAUCAUUUGUGCAAGAAUGGACUGAAGCUAACUUUUCUUGCCAAGCAAAAUCUAAUUUUGUGCGAGCAAAUUUGAACCGUGAUCGAAACACACCAAUAUAUGUCUACACUCAAGAAGAGGAUAAAUGGGUUUCUGGUAGUAUUAUUAGGAAUGGCAAUUGGGAAGGUGACCUUGUUCAGAAUAUUGCAGUCAUUUUCAAUGAAUUUCCUGAUGCAACAUUUCUUGAUAUUGGGGCAAAUGUAGGAAUGUUUUCGCUGUCAUUAGCCAAACAUGGUAAAAGAGUGAUUGCAUUUGAUUGUUUAAAAGGCAAUGUGGAAAGAUUGUGUGCGUCAAUGAAAGCCAAUGCUGGUUUUGAAAACCGAAUGACAAUAGUUUAUAAUGCAUUAUCAAACCAAAGAGAAAAAGUAACAUUAGGUACAUAUAGUGGUAAUGUAGGUGGGACUUUUGUUAAAAAGAUAACAUCCAACACUGAAAACAUAGAUAAUACAGUCGAUUCCAUUCUAUUGGAUGAUAUAUUAGAAAUAUUUAAAUUUGAUAAUAAGGUCAUUAUAAAAAUGGAUGUUGAAACAUUUGAGUUGAAAAUAUUAGAGGGAGCUGAUAAAUUCUUUAGUACUGUUGAAGUUGAAGCUAUAGUGUUAGAAUUCGUAUCUCACAGAGGAAAUAAAUCAGGUACAGAUAUAAUACAGUUUCUAGAAAAGCAUAAACUUUUCCCUGUACUGGGCCCUGGAAUGGAUAGAUACGAUACUAAAACAUGGAAAAAGGGUGAGGUCAUGUUCAGAAGAAAAAACAGUUAAAAGGAAAACCAAAAUUAAUUUUUACAGUAUUUUAUACUCAAUGUGCAUUAAAAGUAGUCUAGUCUUUUAUACAGAGAGUAUAUAGAAAAAGAUUUGUAAUCUUGGUGUUGGCUAUAGAUGCAAAAAUGUAAGUAACAAUAUGUUUAACACUGUGAUAUAUGGUGAUCUAGUGUUUUCAUCAAUAUGUUUGUACAUGACUUGUUUUAAUCCUGAUAUAAUUUGAAUCCUUCAGCUUGUCAUACAUGUAGAUAUUGAAUAUUUUUCCUAAAGUGGAUGCAAUCCUAAGAGAUUGUUAAUGCAUAUGUGGCAAAGUAGCAGAAGGGAUAUGGUAACACAAACACAAUAGUUAUGCAAGAGAAAAGGGUUAUUAUUUUUACCCAAUCGUAAUCAAGACGAGUAGAAUAUUUAUUUUGAAGGACAAGUCAUUUUGUUAAAAUACUUGAUUUGGUAUGGAAUUGUGCAAAACAUUCUUGAGAGUUUUCAAAGAUAAUUACUGUACAGCAUUUACUAGCUUUUGGUAAAAGCAAUAUUUACAAAGUCAAUCUUCUUGUUUGUGGUUUAAGAGCUUAGUUUACUAACAGCAUUAAUUAUGUAACCUCACAAUUCUUUCAUCUUUCAACACUUUUUUACUGGACAUUACACUUGAGGUGUGAAUAAAUAAUCAGUAUUAAUGUUAUUUUUGUGGUUUUUGUAAAUUUUACAGAAUUGUAGUCUGUUAUGCAGUCGAAAUGUAUGAAAUUUUACAAAUAUCAUGUAGCUUAUUAUAUGUUCACCAAGCAGGUUUUUCUCAACAUUGAAUGCUUUUAAUACCUUUGCGUAUAAUUGCUUAUAUUCACUUUUCAUUUUAAUUUUGAUAGAUAGUUGUCCCUUGGCAAUCAUACUUCAUCUCCUUCUUUUUAUAAUUAUUAUUGAUAUAAACAGUUUUGUAAUAAAUUUUCUUUUUAUUUCUGAAUGAAAUCCAUUUUAUCAUGUUAAUCUGUUGUAUUAAAAUGGUAAGUCCAAUUUUAGUUCUUUCCAAACAUUGCCAAAUGUGUCCAUAUAUCACUAACCCAAUAUAAAAUUCACAAAAAAAUAUAUGCUUUGUAAAUGCAGCUGAUGCCUAAGUGACACUCUAAAUUACAGUUUGAUCAUAAAUUCAUAAUUAGAGGGGGAUAAUCUAGUGUAAUUUGUAUGAUUCCUUAUUAAUAUAUUUUUUGUAAUUCUCUUAUAUAUUUUUUUAUUUAUGAAGAUCUAAAUGGCAUUUAGCAUUUUUAUCAUAUAUUUAGUACAAAAUACAGCUAUUUUGUAUAUCUAAUAAAGGUUCUUUUUUCCAGUCUGUAUCACCUACCCUGUAUCGCAUGGCUAAACCCGUAUCGCAUACCCCGUAUCGCAUGGUAAAAUCCGUAUCGCAUACCAUUUUUUUUUUUUUUUUUUUUUCUUUAUACAUCAAGUCAGUUUUUUAGUUUUUUUUUGCUAAGAAAAAAUUUCCAAAAAAUAGGUCAAUUUUUUGAAUGACGUCAUUGUUUGGUAUGUAACGUCACGAACGUUAAGUUUUCAUAAUCUAUGUGACGUCACGAACAUUACGUUUUUACAACAUAUUUUUUUGGCACACUAAAUGCAACUAUAAACAUACAAAACACUUAAAUAAAUACAAUAAUAAACAAAAUAUUUAAAACAACAGAUUGUAAGGUAACCCAGGUGCUUCGUAUAAAUAAUUGAGCAGUUUUUUUAAGGCUUUGAAACAAGAAAAAAGCAGAACUGAAGGUAACCCAGUGCUAUGGAUCAGAAAACAGUUCAUAUAAUAUAAUACUCUUCUGUUGAAAUAUAUGAUAAAGCGUAUAAUACAUGGCAAAAUCCGUAUCACAUGCCGUAUCACCCUCGACCAAUAUCAUCCCUCGGGCCUAAAGGCCCUCGGGCUGAUAUUGAUGUCUCGGGAUGAUACGACAUAUGAUACGGAUUUUGCCAUGUAUUAUUCUCUAUUUAAUUUUAUAAUCUUGGUUAAAAUAUAUCAAAUAAAUAUGUUAACAAUUUAGAAAAUAAUAAAAAAAAAAAAUUAGCAAUAUACUAUUUUUUUAGCCUCUUGGAAAGUAAUAGAAAUUGUGUAUGGGAGUCAAUAGACAUUUAUUUAUAUUAUAGGGUUAUUGCAUGAAUAUUGGGGAAUAUUGUUCCGAGUAGAAUCUUAUAUUGAACGAGCUUGCGAGUGCAAUAUAUGUUCUACGAGAGACAAUAUUCCAGAAUAUUCAUGCAAUUACCCUUUUAUUGUAUAGCAAUAUAAUAUUUAAAAGUAAAAAUUGGUUUAAACUAGAUGUUGACGUUGAUGACGUCAUCAAUUUUUUUGAAGAUUUAUUGCACUAGUGCAAUAUUGGAAGUUAUUGCACGCUAACUUUUGGUUACUUUCUGUAGGGAAUAUUAUAUUGCUAUACAAUAAUAAUAAUAAGAAUUAUAUAUAGAUACCAAAUUGUGAUCUAUAUUUUAUCAGAGAUGUACAUUUGUGUUUAAAUUCAGGUCUCUGAUUUUAACAAAAAUUAAUUGCUGAUUUUUUUUAGUAAAAACAUGUACACUAUUAAAGGUGUAGAUAAUAAUUUGAUAGAAAAUAUUUUGUGUUCUACAUUGUAUGUAUUCAAUCAGGAGCCAAUCAUCUUGGUUCUAGCAUUAUAGAAGAUCCUAGCUUUGUGCAAUUAAAUUUUACAUCAACAUAUACAUGUUUUAUUUGAAUGCUUUGACUUUGUUGAUAUUCAUUAAAUUACAAGGAUGUAUAUUAGCUUUAAUAAUGUGUAUGAUUUAUUUGAUAGUACAUGUAUCCAAUUUUAAAAAGUUUUUUUCUUUUUCAAAAUAAAUUGAAAAAUAUUUAAACCUAUAAAUCUGUGUGAUAAGUCUCAAAUUAUUUUGAUAUUCAUCACAUAGUCUCAAGUCAUGUAAGUGUUGAAUUUUAUUGAUUGAAUAAGUAAUUUCACUUCGAACUUAAAUUUGUAAUAUAUUUUAAUAUAAAACAGUACCUUUAGCUAUAUUAACAAUUUCCAAUAACCCUUGUCUUUUUGUGCUGAGGCAGUUAUUGCAAAUUCGCAUCAAUCUACGCAUAAAUAAGCAUAAUUAUUAAUUGUUUCAAAUCAUAUUUGAAGUGCCAUAAGCCAGUUUGUGUUUAUUUUUUACUUAACAUUCAGUGUGUGAAGUUCUUGCCUGAAUAAUAUCUUAUUUGACAUUCAAUCAGGUCUUUUUACUAGUCAGGUUAUGUUGCAUUAAUAAAAUGGUGUUCAAUCAAUGUGCCAUUCUGCAUUCACCAGAUAAGCUUCUUUGAUCCUUUUUCUUGUGAUGUUUUAAAAAUCAACACCCUUAUACAAAGAUGUUCAAUUAUGUAGAACCUUGAAUAGUUUGGCAAAGACUUUCAUCCUUUGUCAAAGUGAUCUAUCUCUAGGUUGACAAUUUUUUGCAUGUGCAUUUGACUCAUAUCUUGAUUGACUAGGAAUGCCAAAAAAAAGGAGGGGGAGGGGGAGGGGUUCAAUAAAAAUCUGAAGUUCAAACAAGAAACAUCUAAAUUGGUGUUUGAUGCUUCUCUGCUUAGAAUGCAGCAUAUAAGAGAAAGAACCCUGUCAGAAUAAUGUGUAAUGGUAGGGUUACUUGGUAAACUAGUACAUUUAAAUUGUUUGUGUAGUAGAAACAGGCAAGGUUCAUAUUCUUAUUGACCAUGCUUCCAUCCUGACUUGCAUUUAAUUUGUCAUCAGAAAUUAGUUUCAUCAACAUUUUCAUCUUUUCUUUUCUUUGGUUGAAUGUAAUAAAACAUAAAAAAAUAAAUCGCAUUAAUUAAUUUUAUCUAGUAUAUGGUUCCUUUCAUUAAUUUUAUAUUUAACAAUCCACUUUGGAAAGUAGCUAGUGUGAUAUUUUUAGUAAUUGAUUAAUAAGUAAUGGUGCUUUGUAUUAACAUGGAAAUAUUUUAAUGUUCUGUGGUGUUAAGUUUUGUUCCUUUUAAAUUGAAUUUUUACGUUAUAUGAAUUUGUCCUUGUUAACAAUUGUGAGCAUGUUUAUUAAGCAAUCACUUUAAGUAAAAAUUGUAAUUUUUUGAAAAUCUUGAAAAUUACAUACCAAGACCUAUUGGUUGGUAAUAUAUGUUCAACAGUUUGUAAGAAACUGUCAUGUCAGUCUAUGUUAAAAAAAAAGAGACUGAAAUAUUCCUCAUAUGUUAUAUUUUCAUCUCUGUAAUACUGUUAAUUUA